AUGGCAAUCGCCCGUAUCGUUCUGGUAGUCCUUUAUCGCAAGCGCAUGAACCGCGACAGCCGUAAGGGUCUAGAAGAUCGCCAACGUGAAGACGGCUUCUAUGCUCACUAUGUGACCCAGCGCUUCGGCACUGAGGGAGCAGCACCAUCGACUGGACGCACCAAUCAUUCCCACUCACGACGCACCUCAGGCGACUCGAUCUAUGAUUUCAAGCAGGAUCACCCUCAUCACCUUGCUCAGUUGCCCGGUAAUGAGCCGGGUCUUUUUGAUAAUCGGUGA